AUGUCUGCCGUUCACGACGCCCUGCGCGACACGGAACCGACCGCGGUCAUUGACGAAAGCGACGGCGACGACAACGAGACCGCCUCGCAGAAGUCUAUAUCCCUCUCUUCACCCGCAGUCUCCCCGCGGCACUCGACAGUUACCCCGGCACAGACGCAUUUCACACCGCCGUCGCCCCCGCUGAACGCGUACUCGAAGCGGGACUCUCGGCCGUAUACCAUAGAUACCGACCUCACGUCGGAGACGGAUAACAGCAGCUUCUACACGCAUGAGCUGGGCACGCGUGACAGCUCGAUUUCGUCUGCAGCGGCGUCUCUGUACGAGCAGGAAGACCACUCAAAGCUUGAGGGUCUCACGACGUAUCCGCCACCGCCUUUGCCUUCCGCAAGUCGCGAGUCUGUCACGUCGUUCUCUUCGAGGAGCUCUUCCUACUCCAAGAAAGCCCGGCCAGAGUCUACCAUCUUCGAGGUUACCAGUGGUCCAUUGAUCCUGGGUAUUGCGCUUGUGGACUUCAACCACUUGGUCGGCCCCAAGAUAGAGUUCUCCAAGGGGGAGAUAUUCGAGGAUGAGGAGAUUGCCAAAAUCCUGCCUUUCUUAGCACUUCCUGAUGGUGCACACUUGACCGUCGAAGACUACUCGUACUUCCACCUCGUCCCAUCAUCGCCAAAACCGACUACCAUAUUUGGAAUCUCAUGUAAUCGACAAAUAGCAGCUUCUCAGCUGCUCGUCAAGGAUGCGGACGUGACUCGUUCGACCGUGCAGAAGGCCGUGGUCAUCCUCGCCUCGAAACCCGUCUUCGGACUCGUACGGGACCGUUUGGGUGUCAUCACUCGGGCUUUGUUUGAUCAACGGGACUUCCGGGAGACGGAUAUUCUUGUAGAUUUCUAUGACUCGCUGGAACCCUCUCUCCGGAGCCAGUUAACCGAGAGUGGUGUCUACAUGGGCACGAGUCUCCGGGAGCUUGUACAUCAUUUUCGGCAGAAGACGCUGGUAAUAAUCAAGGCGCUCAUGCUGCAGAAAAAAGUAAUGUUCUACGGUCAUCCAGUAGAGCGGCUAUGUACAUACCAGUACUCGCUCAUAUCACUCAUUCCUGGCUUGUUGCAUACCCUAGACGACUCGGGGUCACCGCCUCUCGCCAACCGAGCGCCAACCCUAACCCGCCCUUCAUCCCUGAAGACGUCGAACCACAAGAGCAUGAUGGCGUAUCUCGGUUUGCCGCUGGAUAUCUUUGGCAAGGAUUCGUUUUUCCAGCCGUAUCUGCCUUUGCAGCAGCUGGACAUGCUGAGGGAGACGCCAAGUUGGUUGUGCGGGACGACGAAUUCAAUUGUCACGUCCCAGAAAUGCGUGGACUUGCUCAUUAACAUUGAGACCGCGAGCUUCGAGUUCCGCGACCCUACGCUCGAGCGGAUGGCCGGCCUAACAGCAGCUGACCGGAAAUGGAUGGACGAGAUCGUGAAGGACGUGAAUGACGGGUGGAACGACGAAGAUCCCACUCGGCCACUGGGCAUGCAGUUCAAGGGCAGCGAUGACUAUCUGAGAAGCAAGUUCGAAGAGUAUAUAUCGGGCGCGCUCUCUUCCGUCAAGUUUGCCGAUUUCAUUGCCAAGGGUGAAGGCGGAGGUGUGAUGAUCACUGGCGGCACAGGUGCGGAUUAUAAUGCCAUCCAGGACUAUAAUCCCUUGUGGAUCGCGGAGUUCAAGAAAACGAACGCGUACGAGGUUUGGCAACGAGUGACUGAUCCUACGUUGUUCGAUAUAGUCGAGCCUCGACAUCCAUGUAAUGAGAAGCCAUCUGUAGUGGCAGACAUCAGUCUGAGACUCUCAGAAGGUAUUCAGGAACUGAAGCUAGACCAGCAGCUCGCACCAGCUCGCGAAGCCGUAUCGCGGACGCUUGUCGCAGGCUCCACCAACUUCUUCAAAGCCGUCGAAGGCGUGCGUGGCCGGUGGGCUCAGCGCUCCGCGGGCUCCUCUACGUCCAUUCAGACCGUCAGCAGCAGCUCCUCAAGCACCGUGGAAGUCGCCAGCCCGCCGAAAGAGCCAACUAGUCCCCCCGCCCCUGCAGAGUUGACGAGGACGCUGUCGCAAUCCCCGCCGCCAGCGGAUGGGCAGCGCCCGAUAAGCCUGACCGCUGCGGACGCGAAGGCUGCGCUGGGGAGUAUCGGCGCGGGGAUCGGGUCGUUCUUCUCGAGCAGGGCGAGUAGAUUCUCGUUGGGGAAGCCCGCCACUGCACCCGAGGACGCAGCGACGGCCAGCAAAGAUGCGAGCCUGACGGCGUCCAGCUCUACUGCGACGGUUGUCCCAGCGUCUAGCUCGACGGCCACAGUCGUGGCGUCUCCGACGGCGGUGACUCAUGCUGCAUCUCCCACAUCGGUCACUCAGGUCGCGUCUGCCACGUCGGCCGCUCAUGUCGCGGAGGCACCGUCGGUACCUAGCAAGACCGAGCAUGUGCCCGAGCCUGCACUCGCUGCUGUGCAGCCGGAGGCCCAUGUGCACGCCGAAGAGCACGAGCAGACGCACUCGACGCAGGGUGGAGAGCACGAUCAUAUCCUGGCGCAGCUGGAUAGCGCUCACGCACCGAGGAAGUCCGACGACCAGUCUAUCCGGGCGGUGAGCGUGUAUAGCAGCGAGGGCGAGCCAGCGGGCAUGGCCCUGGCCAUGUAAUUCGCGAGUUACCCGACGUGGUGUUGUUGUAUAAUCUCCGGCUUGCUCGCCUUGUCUUGUUCGCUCAGUGUUUAUCCAUCUUGAUUGACUCAUACUUGCGCAUACAUCCACAUUUCCAUGCACUCAUAGACUCAUGCGACCGGUAUUUAUUCUUCAUAGCAGCUCAUGCAUCACGGGGAGGAGAGACGGGUACUUGUACAACAUAAUUAGGGAUUUUGAGUACAAAUACAACGUUAUCAUUGUACAACGGCGAGCGGGGGAGC